UUUUGGCCACUAGAGGCCUCUAUCAUUCUCUAUGUUUGGUGCCAACUUUGUUCUUCAAGGCUGACUGACCAAGGGUUCUAUGGAAGAGAUGUCAGGAGUAAGUGCGGUGAGCUCGGCGUUGCCAGCGUCUACAACCCGUACCACCUCCUUCAAGGGCUCCUGCCCCAGCUCGAAGUAUGUGAAGCUGAAUGUGGGCGGGGCGCUCUACUACACCACCAUGCAGACCCUCACCAAGCAGGACACCAUGCUCAAGGCCAUGUUCAGUGGCAGGAUGGAGGUCCUCACAGACAGCGAAGGUUGGAUCCUUAUUGACAGGUGUGGAAAGCACUUUGGGACCAUUCUGAACUACCUGCGUGAUGGUUCUGUACCUCUGCCUGAAAUCCGGAGAGAGGUGGAAGAGCUCCUGGCAGAGGCCAAGUACUACCUGGUGCAGGGGCUAGCUGACGAGUGCCACGCUGCCUUGGAGAACAAAGAUAUGUAUGAGCCCUUCUGUAAAGUGCCCUUGGUCACAUCCUCAAAGGAAGAACAGAGACUCAUCUCUACCUCCAAGCCCACAGUCAAGCUGUUAUACAACAGGAGCAACAACAAGUACUCUUACACCAGCAACUCAGAUGACAACAUGUUGAAGAACAUUGAGCUGUUUGACAAGCUCUCUCUGCGGUUCAACGGCCGUGUGCUCUUCAUCAAGGAUGUGAUUGGGGAUGAGAUCUGCUGCUGGUCAUUCUAUGGGCAGGGCCGUAAGAUCGCUGAGGUGUGCUGCACCUCCAUAGUCUAUGCCACAGAGAAGAAGCAAACCAAGGUGGAGUUCCCAGAGGCUCGUAUCUAUGAGGAGACGCUUAACAUCCUGCUGUAUGAGUCUCAGGACGGGCGUGGUCCAGACAACGCUCUACUGGAGGCUACAGGGGGCGCUGCAGGCCGAUCCCACCAUCUGGACGAGGACGAGGAACGGGAACGCAUCGAGAGAGUACGCCGCAUCCACAUCAAACGCCCUGAUGACCGCACCCACCACCACCAGUAACUAUAACAGCCAACCAACAUUAUCAGUCUCCGCAGUCCUCGCCAGUGACCAUUACCCAUCACUGAGAUCACACUACUGGUAUACCCACAGGUAAUCUUACAUCCUUGACAUUGACCACAAGCGACUUCUGUGCUUCUGCACCACAGCCACUUACGAACUGUUGCUAGUCUCCUAUCAUUAUAAGUAGAACAUGAUUUGGGUGUUGUAGUUAAUGUGCUGUCCCAAAUGGCCAUAUCAGUGUUUUCUAAACCCUCCAUAAGAGCUCAUCUAUUUAUCAGUGGUCAAAAUGUAUUUUACCUCCUUUAUUUCCAAAUGUUUUGUCUUUAUAUGUAGACAUGUUACUUGUGCCCAGUAGAGAUCUUGUGCCUUAAGUCUGUGGGUGUAAGUGCUGCUUACAAUCUGAUUUACUUUAUCAUGUCACUACAACAUUGCUUUGAGGUUCAGGAAUGUGUCGCAGUAUAGCUAGUUCAGGUCAAUUGCAUUUAAAGGAUUAUAUACAUUAUGUACAAUGUGGAACAAUACCUUUUCCUACCACAGCAGUUUUAGAUAAAACAUGUAUUAAAAUAUAUAUUCAUUAGUUUGAAUAAGUGAUAUGUAAACUGUAUAACAGCAUUUUAUCAUGUGUUUAGAAAUUGGGUGCUUCUAUUUUCUGUAUGUACUCAUUUCGUCCAUCAGAGGGUGGUAUGUACAAAGACACUGAAAGGUGUGAUAAAUUAGGUUGAAGUUAUCCCUAGAUGGUGAUCUUGGGUCAGCUUUGUAUUUCUCCCACUAAUGAUUAAGGAUUGUUGGAGGGGAAGCUGAUCCUAGAUCUUUACCUAGGGGAACUUAACCCUGAAGUAAUACGUUACAACCCACCUCUGAAUUGUAAGUGGUGUGAAUAAAGCCACCUUUUAUACUGUAGUCAUGGAUUAAUGAUAUUUUGGCAUCCCAAAUAACCUUUUGAGAUGCUGGAUCAUGUAUGAAAUCUGGUUUUCUUCUGUGUGAUCAAAUUGAUGUCAUUGCUGCCUGUUACAAGAAUUCUUGGAGGGUGACGUGGUUACAAGAUGAAGCUUGUUUGGAAGAUAGAUCACAGCUGAAAAGACAAAGCACCUCCAGACAUUGUAAAGAAUGUCACCAUUUUACGCAAUCAUUUCACAUGUACAAGUGUCUUUUGCACUGUAUUUAACACAUAUUUUUCUUACAAUAAUAAAGAUGUUUAUAAAUA